AUUUGGUUUUGAAAUUGUUUUACAAAAUUUUGAUCAUUUGUUUGAAAUAUUGAAUCCAAGUCUUUGCGGACAUGUCUUCGUCAGGAAACGCUUCGGCGGCCAACGCGGCCACCGGUGGUGGAGAGCGGGUGUCGUCGGGAGCCGUGGGUUCUUCGGGUCCGCCCGAGAAGAAGAAGAAGGAGAGUAUCGUUGAUUUGGGUAAAUAUCUGGAUAAAGCGAUUCGUGUCAAGUUUCAGGGCGGGCGCGAAGCGAGUGGUAUUCUUAAAGGAUUUGAUCCGCUAUUAAAUCUGGUUUUAGACAAUACUAUUGAACUAUUGAGAGGUGAGACAAACGUCUUGUUUGAAGCAAUUGUCUAA